AGACAUUCCCUCUGCCAGUCCCCUCACCUGUUGCUGCUGCAGGGAUGCAACAGACAGGACUGCCUGGUGUACCUGUUGAACAGAGAGCAGCACACUGUGGGUCAGGAGACCCCGUCAGCCCGUCCAAACAUCUGCCUGUCCUCUCCUGACAUCCUGCCACUCCACUGUCGCCUCCACCGGGUCCCUGCCCCCCCCCAUCCCCACGCGACGGUCCUGGUCAACUUCUCCCGGUGCGAGCAAUCCACCCAGCUCCGCCAUGGCGACCUCCUGUCGUUCGGAGCCCACUACAUCUUCCUGUAUAAGGACCCAACGGGUGCCAAACCACUCCCCGCCCAGACGCUGGCACGCCUCCGAACCCUGGGGCAGCUGUACGAGGCUGGGGGAGGGGGGGUGGAGACGGAGGGUGGGACGGAGGGGGGAGGGACCUGUAAGGCGUGUGGCUCUUUGUUAAAGGACAGGGGGCGUUGUCCUCCCAAACCGGCCCCCGCCAGGCGCAGUUUCAAACCGCACCUGGUGAAACCCCAAGAGCGGGGGGGCGGGGGGACAGGCGUCGUAACGACGAUCUUGGCGGGACAGAACCAGAAGAGACGCCUACAGCUGGACUUUGAGCAGGCCCACGAGGACGCCCUGGUGAGCAGGAUCAUGUCUCUGAUCGAGCCGGGCGGGGACGACCACAAGUUAGCCCCUGCCUACCUGCUGUGUCUCUGCAUACAGCACUCUGCUUCUGCCUUCCCACCAGGCUGCUUCGGCAAAUUGCUGCUGAAGAUAGUACGAUGCAUACAGACCGUCUCCUGGGAGAAGACAAAGGAAUUGGCACAGAAGCAAGCUCAGCAUCAGGACCCGGCCUCCCUGUCUCUCUUGUCCAUCAGUGAUCUGAUCCCAGACCUGCAGGUCGUAUUCUUCUGGAUGUCCAACAGUAUAGAGAUCCUGUACUUCAUCCAACAGAAGGCCCCAGCAUACACACAGGGCAUAGAGACGCUCGACUCUAAAGGUUCCAAGGAGUCGUUGCUAUCGGCGACCAUCUCAGCCAAUGAGGAGGCUAUGACCAUCCUGGAGGAAGUGAUCAUGUACACCUUCCAGCAAUGUGUCUACUACAUCACCAAGUCCCUGUACGUAGUACUUCCUGGUCUACUGGACUGUAACCCGUUCCCGGUGGACAGCUCUGAACCCUGCUGGAGAGGAGGUACAGGCUUUCCUGAGCCCGUUCGCAGGGUCCUGCAGGUGCUCCAGUGCAGUCAGGAGCUACUCCAGGGGUACCAGGUCCACCCAGAGGUCCAGGCCCAGAUGUUCUCCUACCUCUUCUUCUUCUCCAACGUAUCUCUCUUCAACCAGCUCAUGGACAAGGGUCCGUCGCGGGGCUGGUUCCAGCGCUCUAAGGUUCUCCAGGUACAGGCCUGUGUCAGGAUGGUUCUAGAGUGGACUAGGAAGGCGGGGCUUAGUUACCUGGCAGACAAGUUCUUCAACAAGUUCAACAGCGCUGUCAGCAUCCUGGCCACACCUCCUCAGCAGCUAACACAGAUGAGUUGGAAGGUGCUGUGUGCAGACCACCCCAGUCUGAAGCCGGUUCAGCUGCAUGGCCUGUUGACUCAGUACCAGUUGACAGCUGAGAUGGGGCCUGUUCCUAUCUGGCAGCCCGGCAGUGAGGAUGAGGCAUACAUAUACAGGACAGUGGACCUUUUGGAGAGUUUUGAGAACCACCCUCCCAUCGUCCUCCCCAGCGGGGGGUUCAGAGUGGACCUGGACAGUGACUGUCUAGAGGACAGCAUCUAUAGGCAGCUGCUCUAUGUCAAACACUUCCUCUGGGGGCUACGCACACACACUCACACACACCCCACUAUCAACAACACACACACUCACACACACCCUACUGUCAACAACACAAACACUCACACACACCCUACUGUCAACAACACAUCCCCGGUCAGGAGGGUGGAGGAGUGGGUGAGGGACAGAACCCCAGGCCAAUGUCACAACAGUGUGAGGAGAAAUGGCACCGCCCCCCACUUCCGGCCGACCAACCAGGACCCUUCGUGCCUCCUGACUUCGCCCAACACGCCCCGGAACCCCGAGGGGGGUGGGGCUGACCUGGUUGGACACGCCCCCCAGGUCAACGGCUGCAGUAAUAGGACACAUUCAAUGGACAAGAAGAAAAGCAACGGACUAGAUGGUAGUUUAAGUGAGUUCCCCUUCCCUGUGCCUCCCGAGGCCCUGCUACCUGAUGAUGAGUGUUGUCUGGUGUUUGUAGUGGAGCUGAACAAGGGACCCUACGGACUGGGCAUGGGACUCAUAGACGGACUGCACACGCCUCUGAAUGCUCCAGGGAUCUAUAUCAGAACUCUGAUACCAGACGGUCCGGCGGAGUCCGACGGGAGGCUGAGGAGAGACAGGAUACUAGCGGUUAACGGGACCAGCCUGAUAGGAGCAGACUACCAGAG